GUUAGGUUGAGGUGCAAAGAAAGAGUCUUUUCAAAGCGUCUCUUGGAUUUUCUCUAAAUUGAAACCUGAUGUGGAAUUCUGCACUCUGGCUGACUUCCAACAAUCUCACAAUGUCAAAGACUUUCUUCUCUGGCGGAUUUUUUCCUCUUCAGCACACCGACUUGGACGUCAAAAGAGUACUUCUUUCACCUUUGCAGUACUUUACUCGCUAGUACUACAUCAGCAAGUACUUACCACUCUUCCAAGAUUCCAGUCCAGCAGCCGCAAGAACCACCCUCAGCGUCCAGUGUGCACGUGUCGGUCAUGAAGUGCACGUGGUUCUGGCUGCUGGGUCUGGUGAUCUUGUUUGGAGAAGUCACAUCACAAGUCGACCCUGGUGCGUGUCGUUAUCCUCUGGGAAUGUCUUCAGGACAAAUUGAAGAUGAGGACAUCUCUGCCUCCAGUCAGUGGUCCGAAACCACUGCUGCUCGAUACGGCAGGCUGGACUGCGAGGAGGGGGACGGUGCUUGGUGUCCCGAGUUGACGGGGGACCCGGAGCACCUGAAGGAGUUCCUGCAGGUGGACUUGCACUCGCUGCACUUCAUCACCCUGGUGGGCACCCAGGGGCGCCACGCGGGCGGCAUGGGCAACGAGUUUGCUGAGAUGUACAAGAUCAAGUACAGUCGGGAUGGCACUCGCUGGAUCUCCUGGAGGAACCUGCUCGACAAGCAGGUGAUAGAGGGAAACAGGAACGCGUAUGACACGACGCUGACGAACAUGGAGCCGGCCAUCAUCGCCCGCUGGGUGCGCUUCAUGCCGGUGACGGCGCACACCAGGAGUGUGUGCAUGAGGGUGGAGCUGUACGGCUGCCCAUGGCUGGAUGGCCUGGUGUCCUACAACGCUCCCAUUGGUCAGCUGAUGAACUUACCUGAGGGCAGCGUUGACCUCCAUGACUCCGCCUACGAUGGAGCGCUCAUCUACAGCAUGACAGAAGGUCUGGGUCAGCUGACAGACGGCGUGUGCGGAAGUGACGACUUCACCAAGAGUCACGUGUCCGACCUGUGGUCUGGUUCUGACUAUGUUGGAUGGAAUAAUCACAGCUUCAUGGAUCAAUACUUGGAAAUGAUCUUUGAAUUCGACCGCCUCCGAAACUUCACCGCCAUGAGGGUUCACUGCAGCAACAUGUUCACCCACAAGGUCAAGGUGUUCCACCAGGUGGUGUGUUACUUCCGCUCCGAGGCAGACUGAGGCCACGCCCUUUCCUUCAGUCCAGCCGUGGACGACGAGGACACGAGUGCGCGCUUCGUCCAAGUCCACUUGUCCAACCGCAUGGCCACCGCGAUCAAGUGUCACUUCUACUUUGCAGACGUCUGGUUGCUCUUCAGCGAGAUCACCUUCCAGUCAACAGACAAGUACAACACAACAUUCCAUCCUCCCAAGUCAGGACUACCACCUGUCAUCCAACCGGAGGACGACCCCACCCACAAGGUGGACGACAGCACCACUCGCAUUCUGAUUGGCUGCCUGGCGGCCAUCAUCUUCGUCCUGGCAGCCAUCAUUAUCAUCAUCUUGUGGAGACAGUUGUGGCACAAGAUGGUGCAGAAGAGUGAGACGUUCGCCUACAGCCACAGCCAGUCCAGUGUGAGCGCUGAUCAACAUUCCACUUAUGAACGCAUCUUCCCCACAACACAAUACCAACAACCUUCUAGCAACUCACCGCUACCUGUGACAGCAGCAGUCCAAGAUGCCGCCCCUCAUUAUGCAGAAGCAAACAUCAUCAACGUGCAGGCGGUGACAAACAACAACUACAACUUGGAUCUUCUCUGUGGGAAAAAUGCCACAGUGGAAGAAUUUCCUCGCAAAUUGUUGACCUUCAAGGAGAAACUAGGAGAAGGACAGUUUGGAGAGGUGCACCUGUGUGAGGCGGCGUGCAUGCAGGAGUUUGUGAAGGAGGAAUUUUCAUGUGAGGUAAAAGAAGAUGGCGUUCUUCUUGUGGCCGUCAAGACGCUGCGAUCGGACGCCAACAAAAAUGCAAGGAAGGACUUCCUGAAGGAGAUGAAGAUCAUGUCUGGCCUGAAGGACCCCAACAUUGUCCGCCUGCUGGCCGUGUGCGUCCACAGCGAUCCCCUCUGCAUGAUCACAGAGUACAUGGAGAACGGCGACCUCAACCAGUUUUUGUCCCGUCACCAGCCGGAGGGUCAGCUGGCGGCACUCAGCAACGCACCAACGGUCAGUUUCAGCAACCUGUGCCACAUGGCGGCUCAGAUAGCGUCUGGCAUGAAGUACCUGUCCGGUCUCAAGCUGGUGCACCGAGACUUGGCCACACGGAACUGUCUGGUGGGCACCAAGUUCACCAUCAAGAUCGCGGACUUUGGCAUGAGCAGGAACUUGUACAGCGGGGACUAUUAUCGCAUCCAAGGACGAGCCGUGCUGCCCAUUCGCUGGAUGUCCUGGGAGAGCAUCUUGCUGGGCAAGUUCACCACGGCGAGUGACGUGUGGGCGUUUGCGGUGACGCUGUGGGAAGUGUUGAUGCUGUGCAAGGAGCAGCCUUACUCGCAACUCACAGACGAACAAGUCGUGGAAAACACGGGCGAGUUCUUCCGAGAUCACAAAAGACAGAUUUACCUGCCUCAGCCGAUCCUGUGCCCGGACUCGCUCUACCAGGUGAUGCUGGGCUGCUGGAGGAGGAACGCCAAGGAAAGACCAUCCUUCCAGGAAAUACACCGAGCCCUCCUACAUAUCUCAUCUGACCUUACAUCUUCCAGUCAAACUUAGUACAUAACAUAUAUAUAUAUAUACAUAUAUAUAUAUAUAUAUAUAUAUACAA